AUGCUGUCCCAUCUGCGGUUCCACAGGCGAGGGCCGUCAUCGAAUCCUACCUCGCCCUCCCCUGAUCAACAUCCUACUUCACCCACUGUUGGUCACCCUACGCCCUUCUCUCCCGAUGCUCUGUCUCCGGAAUUACGACCGACGUCUUCGAAUCCCUCCACCCUACCUCCUGCUCUACCGCCCAUAUCCCGUGUCACUACAGAGGAUUUUGGAAAAUCGCGGGAUAGUCGUCAAGAUGCUGCGGCGACAAGCCCACUAGAUCCCCGACCACAGCCAGCUUCGAAAACUUCGUCCUUCAUUGGGGGUGUUGCUCUUAGAAAGUACCAGCGUGAUAUGGAAGCACAAGCCACCGAGGCUAUCGACAGCAAAAGAGGGAUUGGUAUUCUCGGUCAACAUUCGGCCUCCCAGCCAACAUUAACAUCAAACAAUCCAGCCUUGCGGCCGUCGCCACAAGUCAUAAAGAAUACGAAAGCUACAUCCUCGUUCAGCACACCCACAGAUCUCCAGCAGCCUACCGGUCGCCGUCCUGCAGGUACCCGCCUGGUAACAGAGCUGCCCUCUCUUACACAGACGACAAGCAACACCGAAAAUCCCAAGCCCAAGAAAGGGCUACCCUUUCUCAAGAAACCAAUGUCGACACUAUUAAUGAGGCGCAAAAACAGUCAGCAUGCCCCUGACCUGCGCCCAUUACCCUUGGCCAAACGCCGCGAGGAUCCGGUGUAUGAUCCUCGUAUCAUGGGAACUCGGGUCCAUGAUUUCAGUGCGCCACGGCCAAAGAAGAACACACCAAACAGGGACACUGCGCAACCGUCCCUGACUUCGCCUUUCCCCAUGUCUGCUCCUCUCCCUGCGCAAGACAGGUUCCAAAGCCCAUCGGCCAUUCCAACUCAAGAAACUCCACUGUCAGCCUCGAACCUGACAACCCGUGAGCCUAGCAAUGCUUCCGAGUCCAUCUACUCACAGGACUCGAGAGCCCUUAAAAUGACACCAAGUACAGCAUCUACAGCACCCCAGGCUCCAGUGUCUGACCUAGACACCCUUACAUUAUCAGAUGCUCCCCCAGUCCCUCCCAAGGAGGGCGCACCAAUCUCUGUUCAACCAAAAUCGCCGCGCGCGUCGCGUUUGAUUGACGAGGAAGCUUACAUUCAUGACGGACCCUCAAUUUCUCAUCAGGCUGGCAGAUCCCGGGGCCCAUCACUGUCCGGACUGUCUGGUAAGGACAUACCAUCUGCUGUACCUCGACACAUGAAGAGUACAUCUUCAAGGUUCAGUUUUGAUAUGAUUGGUGCUGCGAAGCAGGAGAAACUUCUUGAAGACAGGCACCGUCAACGAGAGCUCGAGAAGAAGACUACAGACGUGCCUGUUCCUAGAGACUCACGCUUUGACGAUUUUGACGACGAUGGUUUUGAUUACGAUGCGAUGAUGGAGGAUGAUGGUUUGGAAGAGGAUAUACCCAUGGUUGGCGACGGCUUUGACGAUAUGGAUGAAGGUUUCAGCAAUGGGUUGGAUGACCGCAUGGAUGACCACAUGGGCGGUCAUAUGAACAGCACUUUGAAUAGGACACUGAGUACCUUUGACAACAAUCUGAACAACACACUUAGCGGAGACUUGGAUGAAGAUCUGGACGAAGAGCUUGAUCCAGAUAACGACCAGGAAAACUUUUCGGGCUUUGUGUUCCAACGAUCAGGCCCUACAUCGUCGAUAGCCAGUCCUCGCAGUGCUGGCUUUUUGCCAACCCCAAGGGAUGCCGAAGGUAAUCGUAUUGGAUUUGCCAUGAGCCAGUACACGCCUGAGAUGCUCGGAGAGCUAUCUCCUUUGUCUCCAAGGCACCCCCAUGACCAGCGCAUUAACCAAGAGAUGCAGGCAGGUGGGCUAGGGAUUCAAGGACUAGAUGUUCCAAGGGUGCCCAGCUUAGAGAAUGAAGCUGCAUUCCAGAAAAACCAGGACCUGCCCCCUUUAAGCACGGGGCGCUCACUCAACGAUGACGAGCUCUAUUACGACGAUGGGAUGUUGGAAUUCGAGAGGAACGAAUUCGCCGAGGAUCUCGCUGCCCCUCCAGAAUGGGACGAUACCCCCUUUGACGAGUCGAUUUUUGACAAUAAUGAUACCGAUCAGUUUGGUCGACCGAUAGCGGGUGCCUUUGCACAUGCACAAUCGCUGAAGCGAUCAGAGAACCGAGAUGAACCGAACCGGACGUCUGACACGACAGCACCAUUCUCUCCGGACUCAGAGGCAUCCAAGACAACGGCUCAUACAUCGCUGAAUGCCGAUGAUAAAGAAGAAGUUCAGCCUGAAGUUACUCGAGACAGCCCUGGCCUUCGAUCGUCCCCUGCUCCCACAGCCGUAGUCCCAUUGUCAUCGUCCCCAGCCGGUGACUCUUUUGCGGCCUACCAGGCCGCCCUUGCUGCCGCAACAUACAAGGCGGCAGCAUCAGGAAAGUUUCAACGGGGCUCAUCUCCUCCGCCCGUAGACAUCAAUCUACCCGAGCCAGAUCAUUCCCCAGGCACACCAGGUCACGACGGCUCUUUUAGACAGGACGACUAUGAAAGUUAUGAUGAUUACAAUGAUUCCUACGAGAACAUGGCCGAUCUGGAACUUGACGAUGAUGCUAUCAUCGCUGAGGCCAAUGCAAGCGCUUUGGCUAAUGACUGCGAUGGUUGGUAUGGCCAGGAAUUUGGCUUCUACUCAGCCCUAGCUGGCCAGCAACAAGGACCGGAGUUCGAGUAUGCCAAUGGUGGGUUCUUCGGUCCUAAGGGCGGACUGGAUCGCAGCACCAGUGGACGCAUGAUAUCGAGGGAGCCGAACCUGACGCCUAUCACGGAGCGAUCCGAGUACUCAAACAGAAACUCUUUCAUGAGCCUUGGCAUGCCUGGCUUUGGAGGAACGACACCCCUUCAAAGUCCUGGCCUGGCUCAACUUGCUCUCCUCGGUGAUCGCGGCGACGAGAUGACUUUAUCUGCCCUACUGCGCCUUAGGUCCAGGGCAUGGGGUGGUUCUCAAGCUAGUCUUGUGUCCAGCCAAAACGGAUCCCCUCGAUCAGAGAGAGGUGAUCUGUCCACCUCCCCCUGGGGCCAAAGCUUCAUGAGCCCAACCACUUUCCACACUCGAAAAAACUCGAUUUUGUCUACUAUCAGCCACGACUCGGACAGCGUGAGCGCAUCAGGAAGCCCGACAUUGACAGGUGGCAUUCCUGGCUUUACGCUGUCCCCCCCUCCUGUUCCGACGCUAACUAAACUCGAAACCGGUGUCAAAGAGGAUGCUCAGAUACCCCCUCUCAACGUCAGCAGGCCCGCCUCGAAUUCUUAUGACAACCCGAUUUCACCAGUAUCGGAUCCAGAUGAGAGUAUGCCGGCAUCAGCUUUAGUGAGUCCCUUGGAAGCGUCCAACAGGGUCAGUAUGGCUGAAUCCAGCGGGGCUCCCAAGCGCCCCGGCAUGGGACACCGUCACAGAGGCUCGGCCGACAGUAUAUCUUACACUAAAGAAGAGGAUAGUGGCGCAACGCGUUGGGUCAUGGAGCGACGACGCACGGGGGAAUCUGGACAGGUUGAAAUAGAACGAGAGGUUCUUGAAGAAGGACGAAUUUAG